AUGGAGACCGCUAUCCACGAGAACAGUACUGCCUCGUAUGUCCCCCAUGUUUCUACCCUUGGUGAAAGUAUCAAGAAUGUCCUGUGCGACAACGACGACUCCAAGGCUGACAUACCCACUGUUGGCAGUGGUGAAGAUCCAUGCGCUCUUUGGACCAUCAUUUGCUUGGCUCAUUGA